AAAACAUAUCGUUCUUCCAGAGUCCUUUGCAAAUCUCUGUUCAUUGAAAGAGAUGGAUGCUCAUGCUUGGGGAUUUUCAGGAAGUAUCUCUGAUAAUUUUGAAAGGUUGUCGUCCUUGGAGGAAUUGAAUUUGGGUCGGAACAAUUUUUCUAGCUUGCCAUCCAGUCUGAGGGGCCUUGUGCUUCUAAAAAAGUUCGAUUUGUCUCAUUGUAACAAGCUCAUAUAUCUGCCUCCACUUCCCUCAAGCUUGAUUGAGUUGAAUAUGGCAAACUGUACUGCAUUGGAGCGUAUAUAUGACUUGACAAAUGUGGAAGGUUUAAAGGAGCUGAAUUUUACCAGUUGCAGCAAUUUAGUUGACAUCCCCGGUCUCCAGGUAUUGAAGUCUCUAAGAAGUCUAUUUUUGGGUGGUUGCAAAGCGUGCUUGCCAGCAGUGAGGAGAAGAAUUGGAAAGGUUGCUUUAAAGCAUUUGUACCACUUGAGUGUCCCUGGGAGCGAGAUUCCACGAUGGUUUUCUCAGGAAAUUUCUCAUUUUUCUGCUCCAAAGAACCGCGAGAUUAGAGGAAUAAUUUUUGCUGCUGUUGUCUCUCUGGACAGUGUACACCCGGGAAACAUUCUACUGCCAGAAGUCGUGGGCAUUAAAGGAAGGCUUCUCAGGCUUGAAGUUCCAGUACACACCACGGUGUUUAACCUGAUGGGGGUCCCCGACACAAGUGAGGACCAGCUUUACUUGAUUAGAUUUCCGGAAUUCAAGCCAAUGGUUCGGAUGUUAAAAGAAGGAGACAGGAUAGAUAUAGUGCUGCGAGACCCGCCCUACUUUCCUGGGCUCUCACUGAAAAAGCGCGGGAUAUAUCUGGUUUUCGAGAACGAUGAUGAUUAUGAUGGUAAUGAAGAAUGGUUAGAGGAAUCCCAGAAGUCAGUGUCUCAGAAACUGGCCAAGUUCCUCAGCUCCUUGUGAAAUAUAUUUUUCUUUAUCCUCAUAAUGAAGUGACAAAAAGCUACUCUAAACUUCUACUUUAGAAACUCUUUCAUCACUCAACCACUUCACAACAUGCCUCUUUCGGCGAUAUCAGGUCAGGGUUCAUUCCUAUAAUAAAAGGACUUGUGUAUAUAAGGUGA